AUGGCUGCCAACGGUACGAACGGCUCCAACGGCGCCAAUGGCGAUGCCAGCGGCAUCAGCGGGUGGAAGCACUACAACGAGGGUACCUUCCUCUUCACCUCCGAGUCCGUCGGUGAGGGUCACCCCGACAAGAUCGCCGAUCAGGUUUCGGACUCUAUCCUCGAUGCCUGCCUGGCCGAGGACCCCCUCUCCAAGGUCGCUUGCGAGACUGCCACCAAGACCGGCAUGAUCAUGGUCUUCGGCGAGAUCACCACCAAAGCCAAGCUCGACUACCAGAAGAUUGUCCGCAAGACCAUCAAGGACAUCGGCUACGAUGACUCGUCCAAGGGCUUCGACUACAAGACCUUGAACCUCCUCGUCGCCAUCGAGGAGCAGUCCCCCGAUAUCGCUCAGGGUCUUCACUUGGAUGACCGCCUCGAGAACCUCGGUGCUGGUGAUCAGGGUAUCAUGUUCGGUUAUGCCACCGACGAGACCCCCGAGCUCUUCCCCCUCACUCUCCUCUUCGCCCACCAGCUUAACGCUGCCAUGUCUGCCGCCCGCCGCGAUGGCUCUCUCCCCUGGCUCCGUCCCGACACCAAGACCCAGGUCACCAUUGAGUACAAGCACGACAACGGUGCCGUCGUCCCUCUCCGCGUCGACACUGUCGUCGUCUCUGCUCAGCACAGCGAGGACAUCACCACCGAGAAGCUCCGCAAGGAGAUCCUCGAGAAGAUCAUCAAGAAGACCAUCCCCGCCAAGUACCUUGAUGACAAGACCAUCUACCAUAUCCAACCCUCUGGUCUCUUCAUCAUUGGUGGUCCCCAGGGUGAUGCCGGUCUCACUGGCCGCAAGAUUAUCGUCGACACCUAUGGUGGCUGGGGUGCCCACGGUGGUGGUGCCUUCUCCGGCAAGGACUUCUCCAAGGUCGACCGCUCCGCCGCCUACGUCGGCCGCUGGAUCGCCAAGUCCCUCGUCGCUGCCGGCCUCGCCCGCCGUGCUCUUGUCCAGCUCUCCUACGCCAUCGGUGUCGCCGAGCCCCUCUCCAUCUAUGUCGAUACCUACGGUACCUCGGAGAAGAACUCUGAUGAGCUCGUCGAGAUCAUUCGCAACAACUUCGACCUCCGCCCCGGUGUCAUUGUCAAGGAGCUCGACCUUGCCAAGCCCAUCUACCUCCAGACUGCCAAGAACGGCCACUUCGGCACCAACCAGAGCUUCACCUGGGAACAGCCCAAGGCUCUCAAGUUCUAAGUGGGAUAUAGUAUCGCAGAAGAUUCAACUUCUUGCUGCAGAUUCAAUCUCAUAUAAGUCUACGGACAAUUCCUUUUUCUCCUCUUUCUCUUCCUAUUUUUGGCAUCUCUAUGGAUAAAGCAUUACUGGCGUACGGUUCUCAACAAACCUGGGUGGGCGGAUAGACAUAUAUCCAUGUGAUUUUCUGCUUGUUUAUUUUGGCGGUAACUGUAUGGGAACGCUUAUAGCGUGGUUUGGGUCAUAGUGAUGGUCUCGGAGUUUUGACGAACACAAAAAGGGUCGCCGCGGCAAAAGCGGUGUUGGGCGGCGGCGGUACAGGCGUCUUUCAACAAAGACAUUUGCAUGAGCCAAAAAGGCCAAAAGGUUUAUGACAUUUGCGAUACCCCAUGGGGCUAACGGCAUUUGAGGAAAGCACAUCGGCGUUUGGGGGAAAACAAAAGAACUUCAACAUCUUUUCUUUUCCUUUAUAUUUAGACGCUGAACUGUCUUUUUGGCUUGGGCUGGGAAGUAUGGGGACUAAGGCAACACUUAGAGAGAUCUCGAGCCCGUGGACUUUCGCAGGACCAGGGCGAGGAAGAUGUAGGGUCGCUCUCGGGGGAAACAACGAGCGAGUGAAGGUUGGGGAGGUACGUAAUAGAUUCAAGGGAGGGGGAGUAGUUAGCAUUGUCUUUGACACCCAAUGAAGAGCUAGCCUUGAUCAAUCAUGCUGCUACGGCAAUGUCCGUGAAUGAGAAGUCCCAAGUAUUGUGCCUGCUUGUUC